AUGCCGGUGAUGAAGGGAUUACUGGCACCCCAGAACACCUUCCUCGACACCAUCGCCACCCGAUUUGACGGCACACAUAGUAACUUCAUCCUUGCAAAUGCUCAGGUGGCUAAGGGAUUCCCUAUUGUUUAUUGCUCAGAUGGCUUCUGUGAGCUUGCUGGAUUUGCACGAACCGAAGUCAUGCAGAAGUCAUGCAGCUGUAAAUUUUUACUUGGUGCUGAAACAAAUGAGCAGAUGAUUCUUCAGAUCGAGAAAUCUUUGGAGGAAAAGGUAGAAUUCAAAGGAGAAAUCAUGUUCUACAAGAAGAAUGGGUCUUCAUUCUGGUGCCUACUGGAUAUUGUUCCUAUAAAGAAUGAAAAAGGAGAUGUAGUGCUCUUUUUGGCCUCUUUCAAAGACAUAACAGACAUAAAAGUGAAGAUUGCUGCAGAAGACAAAAAGGAAGAGAAAUGGAAAGGAAGAGGAAGAGCAGGGUCACACUUCGAGUCAGCGCGAAGACGGAGUAGAGCAGUCCUGUAUCACAUAUCUGGGCAUCUGCAACGAAGAGAGAAGAACAAAUUAAAAAUCAAUAAUAAUGUUUUUGUAGAUAAACCAGCAUUUCCAGAGUACAAAGUUUCAGAUGCAAAAAAAUCCAAAUUCAUUCUGUUGCAUUUUAGCACUUUCAAAGCUGGCUGGGACUGGCUUAUUUUACUGGCAACGUUUUAUGUUGCUGUGACUGUACCUUACAACGUUUGCUUUAUUGGCCACGACGAGCUGUCUACCACUCGAAGCACAACUGUCAGUGACAUUGCAGUGGAAAUCCUUUUUAUCAUUGAUAUUAUUUUAAAUUUCCGAACAACAUAUGUCAGCAAGUCUGGCCAAGUUAUAUUUGAAGCAAGAUCCAUUUGUAUCCACUACGUGACUACUUGGUUCAUCAUUGAUUUAAUUGCUGCACUUCCUUUUGACCUUCUCUAUGCUUUCAAUGUCACUGUGGUUUCCCUUGUCCACCUUCUCAAGACAGUACGGUUGCUACGGCUCUUGCGCCUCCUGCAGAAGCUGGAUCGCUACUCACAGCACAGCACAAUUGUUCUCACGCUUCUCAUGUCCAUGUUUGCCUUGCUUGCUCACUGGAUGGCCUGCAUUUGGUAUGUUAUAGGGAAAAGGGAGAUGGAACAGAAUAACCCCCUUACCUGGGACAUAGGCUGGCUUCAUGAGCUAGGGAAACGAAUUGAGUCUCCUUACUAUGAGAAUAAUACCCUAGGAGGUCCAUCAAUCAGAAGUGCCUAUAUAGCUGCCCUGUAUUUCACCCUCAGCAGCCUCACCAGCGUUGGAUUUGGAAAUGUUUCAGCCAAUACUGAUGCUGAAAAGAUCUUCUCCAUUUGCACAAUGCUGAUUGGGGCUCUGAUGCAUGCCUUGGUGUUUGGCAAUGUGACUGCCAUCAUUCAGAGGAUGUACUCCAGAUGGUCCCUUUAUCACACAAGAACCAAGGAUUUGAAGGACUUUAUACGGGUCCAUCACCUGCCCCAGCAGCUAAAGCAAAGGAUGCUUGAAUAUUUCCAAACCACGUGGUCUGUCAAUAAUGGAAUUGAUUCCAAUGAGCUUUUAAAAGACUUCCCAGAUGAGCUGCGUUCAGACAUCACCAUGCACUUGAACAAGGAGAUUUUGCAGCUCUCCCUUUUUGAGUGUGCCAGCCGUGGUUGCCUCAGGUCUCUGUCUCUGCAUAUUAAAACCUCCUUCUGUGCUCCUGGGGAAUACCUCCUCCGUCAGGGAGAUGCCCUGCAAGCAAUCUACUUUGUGUGCUCAGGUUCCAUGGAAGUCCUGAAGGACAGCACGGUGCUGGCGAUUCUUGGUAAAGGAGAUUUAAUUGGAGCAAACCUAUCCAUUAGGGAUCAAGUCAUUAAAACAAAUGCAGAUGUUAAAGCUCUGACGUACUGUGACCUCCAAUGCAUUAUCCUGAAAGGCCUCUUUGAAGUGCUUGACCUCUACCCAGAGUAUGCUCACAAGUUUGUUGAAGACAUCCAGCAUGACCUCACCUACAACCUGAGAGAAGGCCACGAAAGUGAUGUAAUAUCAAAACUAUCAAGCAAGUCAACGAUAUCUCAGGCAGAGCUCAAGGGAAAUGGAAAUAUAAAGAAAAGACUCCCUUCAAUUGUGGAAGAUGAAGAUGAGGAUGAGGUUGAGGAGGGAGAAGAAGAGAGCAGCACUCUUUCACCGAUUCACACAAGAAGCACAAAUUGCUCUCAGCAGAAGAAGGGUGGAAGCAAUAAAAGCCAGCUAGGGAGAAACUUGAAGCAGCUGGCCUCAGGAACAGUGCCCUUUCAUUCACCCAUCCGUGCUUGCAGUUCAAACCCCUUAAGAACCAAACAUGAAACAGAGCUCCAUUACUACUCCAGGAGGAAGGAGAAAAACCUUAAAUUGCACCUUUCAGCGCUGACCACCAGUGGUCCACCUGACCUGAGCCCAAGAAUUGUUGAUGGGAUUGAAGAUGGCAACCAUAAUGAGGAAAACCAAACCUUUGACUUCAGUGCUGAGCAGCUCAGGCAGGAAUCCAGGUUAUCUCCUACAAUUGGGGAGUCAGAAAUUGGUGCUGCUGUGCUUGUUAUCAAAGCAGAAGAGACCAAACAGCAGAUCAGCAGGCUUAAUAAUGAGGUGACAACUUUAGCUCAAGAAGUUUCACAGCUAAGUAAGGAGAUGAAGAAUGUGAUGCACCUGCUGGAGAACCUGCUUACAUCCCCAAAGCCUCCAGAGGGCUGUGCCGUGCAUGGCACGUCUCAAAGUCCUACCCUGGGCAGUCUGCAGCCUCGACUGGCUUGGACUACAGCUCAGCCCUGCACACACAAGCAAGCUGGGAGCUUCCCUUGCACCAAAGCACAAUUUUGCCGCAGCAGCACCUUCUGUGACGUUUGGGCCACAGAUCCGACCUCUGUCGGCAGCAGCCCCCAAAGAACUGAACUGAACGCGAAAAAUUCUGUGGACAGUGAAUUUUAUUACACACCAGGCCUCCACAACUCCCCUUCCCAGUAUCAGGUAAUUCAGAAAGACAAUUUCCAGUUUUUAGGAUGCACCUCUCCCCAUUCAGACACUACUUUAACUCCUCUUCAGUCUAUUUCAGCAACUCUUUCUUCUUCAGUGUGCUCUUCAUCAGAGACAUCACUACAUCUCGUGCUCCCCAGCAGAUCUGAGGAAGGUAGCACUAGCCAAGGGGCAAUCAGCUCACUAAGCCUUGAGAACUUGCCAGGACCAUGGGACCUGGAAGGAACAGCCGCAGCAGCUUCUGCACAGACCCCAGAUUUCCCGAUAGACAUUGUGACAAGCACAAGGGAUGUCAAGGAUAAAGAUUACCAAGCCAUAGAUGUAUAA